AUGCUACUUUCCAUCGCUGGCAGCAUUGCCCUCCUUGUCCCUCUGGCCUACUUGUUGAUGCGGUCCGCUUUCUCGGUCCAAGGGCGCUUUUGGCGCGCUCAAAAAUGGGCAGGACCUCAUAGUCGAUGGAUCCUCGGCGGCACUCGUCGUCGUCUCGUCUCUCUGUUCAACACUCGCCAACUCGUUCACCAAGGCUACCAAGAGGUAUGCCCUGAGUGCCCUCACUUCUCUCCUUCGAUAACACACUGAUGACUUUUGUUCGAGCAGCACUCCAGUCGGCAUUUACCCUUUGCUCUGUCGCAGUUCAACAGCGAGCCUAUCCUCCUUCUACCAGCCUCGUACGUUCCGGAGUUAAUCUCCAAGUCGGAUGAGGAAGUCAGCCUCCCGCUAGUCGCCGAGUACAAUACGGCUGCAUAUUACACUGGAGAUCAGCACAUUGUUCGAAACCCUCUGCACGUGGACCUAGUAAAGCAGCAUCUCACUAGAAAGCUGCCAUCUCUUACGCAAGACGUGGCAGCCGAGCUCAGCUUGGGCUUCGAGGAGCAGUGGCAGACGGAUCCUGGCAACUGGACAAGUGUGCGUCUGUAUAGCUCUUGCAUGAAAAUCGUAAGCCGAGGGGCAAAUCGCGUAUUCUGUGGACAAGACUUGUGUGAGCCAGUCCUCCGCUUUUGGCGAUUUUGAUCUGACGAUGUUUAGGUCGUAAUCCAGAAUUCCUCGAACAUUCACGACGCUAUACUGAGGCUGUCUUCGGUGCUGCAGCCGUCAUCAAUCUUUUCCCACUCUGGGCACGAACGGUGGUGGCUCCGAUCGCAACCUACGCUAUGCGCAGAGAACUCGAAGCGUGCAAACGAAUAGCUUUACCGGUUAUAGCGGAGAGGCUAAGGAGCACGCACGUAGCAGACUCUCAGAGAGAUGCAAAUGUGAGCAGCGAUACUGAUGGUUUCUCCUCAUGCGCAUCCGCUGAUAUCUCUAACUAGAGUGAUGCUCUGCAAUGGUUGAUCGAAGACUGUAUCGAGCGAGGUGACUCGUCCGAGCUUGAUCCUACUUUCAUCUGUCGUCGUUUGUUGCGGCUGAACAUGGCAGCGAUACACACGACGAGCAUAUCAAUCACGAUCACUCUCCUUGAUGUUUACAGCUCUCCUGACCGGAAUGACAUUGUCGAAAGUUUGCGCGAAGAAUGUCAUCGAGUCUUAGCUGCAAAUGGUGGGAAAUGGACGGAGAACGCAGUGAGCCACCUCGUUCGUGUUGACUCGGCCAUCAAGGAAUCCAUGAGGCUCUGUAGUUUUGGCUUAGUGGGCACGAACAGAUUGGUAAGUCAUCCUCUUGUCUCUUGCCUAACUUUCUCAAUAUCGAUGUCAUCCAUACUGACGCUAGUAUAUUGACAGGUGACAGGCGAGCGCGGUGUGACGUUCAAAGAAGGCUUUCAUGUUCCUGCUGGUGUUCGUAUCGGUACCCCCAUUGAUGCCAUCCAUCGCGAUUCACAGUUCUACACGCGACCAUUGGAAUAUGAUACUUUUCGAUUUUCGGACGCUCGAGGCACGACAACAUGCAAAGAGCAAGGCAAGCCUGAAGCGGAAAAAAGCCAGGAAACCUUGGACUCAGCAGCUCGUGAGUUGCUUCACCAAAAGAAUCAGGGUCUGGUGACCACGUCGAACACUUUUCUCGUCUUUGGUCAUGGAAGGCACGCUUGUCCAGGUCGUUUCUUCGCCUCGCAAGAGAUGAAGCUAAUGUUGGCUCAUGUCGUGAUGAACUACGAGGUGGAGAUGAGCGGUCCACGGCCGGCCAACUCAGAUUUGGGAAUCGCAUCUGUGCCGAGUAGUAGGGCGGAGGCGCUGGUGAAUUUAAGGACAACACCGUCGCCAAUGAGGAAUGGCAACUAG